AUGUCUAUGGCCAAAACUAGUAUUCAAGUUGCAGUUUCUGAGGGUGUUACUGAAAAAUUAACUGAAAUAUUAGUACAAUUUAUCAUAAAAUAUUGUCAUAAUACUGGACUAGGCAUAAAGAAAAUAUCCUUACCUCUAAGUAUAUUUUUUAUUAAAGUUGUAAAACAAGAAACAUCACUUCUGAAUAUGGCUUCUGAAGUUCUUAAGCCAUUUGUUGAAGAACAUAAUAAACAUCAUAUUUCAUCUUCUAAAACCUGCAGUUACUGUUUGGGUAAAUGCCAUAAUAUUCAUGGAUAUUCAAAGUAUAACUCUGAACUAGCUGACAAAGAGAAUCAUUAA